GGGCGGAGAGGCCGCUUCCGGUCUGAGCGUGUUGGCGGGACAGCGCAAGCAGUGCGCCUCAUUCCGAAGUAGCGCGUGGCGCAGCCAAGAUGGCGGACGGGACAGAUUCAGUUCCUAAGAAACAUAAGAAGAAAAAGAAGUCUUUGCCGGAUGAAGAUGUUGCAGAUAUACAACAUACAGAAGAAUUCCUUAUCAAACCUGAGUCAAGAGUGGCCCAGCUGGAUACAUCACAAUGGCCUUUGCUUCUCAAAAAUUUUGACAAGUUAAAUGUGAGGACAGCGCACUACACCCCACUUCCUUCUGGCUGCAAUCCCUUAAAAAGAGAAAUUGCUGAGUAUGUAAGGACGGGCUUCAUCAACCUGGAUAAGCCUUCCAACCCUUCCUCCCAUGAGGUUGUGGCCUGGAUCCGCCGCAUUCUCCGUGUUGAGAAGACAGGCCAUAGCGGCACAUUGGACCCCAAAGUUACCGGCUGCCUGAUUGUGUGCAUUGAGCGAGCAACCCGUUUGGUCAAGUCUCAGCAAAGCGCAGGCAAAGAGUAUGUGGGAAUCGUUCGGCUGCACAAUGCAAUUGAGAGUGAAAUGCAACUUUCGAGGGCAAUAGAAACCUUGACAGGUGCCCUCUUUCAGAGACCUCCCCUCAUUGCUGCCGUGAAGAGGCAGCUGAGAGUCAGAACCAUUUAUGAAAGCAAACUGGUUGAAUAUGAUCCAGAAAGAAGACUGGGUAUUUUCUGGGUGAGCUGUGAAGCCGGAACCUACAUCCGGACGCUUUGCGUGCAUCUGGGUUUAUUGCUGGGAGUUGGCGGUCAAAUGCAGGAGCUCCGGAGAGUCCGCUCCGGGGUCAUGGGAGAGAAGGACCAUAUGGUGACCAUGCACGAUGUGUUGGAUGCUCAGUGGCAGUACGACAACAAUAAGGAUGAGACUUAUCUCCGGAGGGUGAUCUUCCCUUUGGAGAAGUUGUUGGUUUCACACAAGCGGCUUGUUAUGAAGGACAGCGCGGUGAACGCGAUUUGCUACGGUGCAAAGAUCAUGCUUCCUGGAUUACUGCGGUAUGACGAUGGAAUUGAAGUCAACCAGGAAAUAGUCGUCAUCACCACAAAAGGGGAGGCGAUCUGCAUAGCUAUUGCUUUGAUGACCACGGCAGUGAUCUCUACCUGCGACCACGGCGUUGUAGCCAAGAUCAAGCGUGUGAUCAUGGAAAGAGACACUUAUCCUCGCAAGUGGGGGCUUGGUCCCAAAGCUUCUCAGAAGAAGAUGAUGAUCAAGCAAGGAUUGUUGGAUGCUCAUGGCAAACCUAACGAAAAAACUCCACAAACGUGGAAAAAAGACUACAUAGAUUAUAACAGGGUUUCUGUAAAGAAAGAGACAGAAGAGAAGACGGAGCCAGAAGAGAUUCAAGAGCAGCCAGAGAGGAUGCCAAAGAAGAAAAGAAAAAUCGAGAGCGAUGGAGAUCCAGAACCAGUAGCUUCAGCUCCUCCGGCCUCUCCGGAGGAGGAGCAAGCAGAGAUGAAGAAGAAGAAGAAGAAAAAGAAGGAAAAGAGGAAGAUGGAGUCUGCGGAGAGCAGCGGAGAGUUAGUUGAAAUGGUCAGUGAUCUGAGCGUGAAAAAGAAGAAGAAGAAGAAGAAACGAGAAGAAAUUGAGGAGAGUUCAGAAUGAUUCCUCACUACCAUCUAAAGCCAGCAGACCGGAACAGUUUGGGAAGGCAAAAAAAAAAAAAAAGCCUUCGCUGAAAAAAAUGCAGACUGGAUCACACAGCUUGUCCUGAUUGCUGUGCAAAUUAUUGGGGUGGGCCAAGGGUGGCACCCCCUCUCUGUCCUGUUCUAAGGAUAGUUUGAGAUAAUUGAGGCAGCCGACUCGCUCCCUGGUCCUUGGGACUUUCAAAGUAGUAUCCAGGAGAUGCGAUACUCAAUUUUGGCACUGUUAGCAACCUCCUUUUUGUAUCUUAUCUGCCCAAAGACCUGCUGAAUGUUGGUGAAGGUUUAAGAGGAGAAAGCGGUCAAGCCAGGUAUUGUCAGAUGCUUCGUUUUAAAACGUUUUUGUAGGCUUUUUUUUUUUUUUUUUUUUACUUGUCUUGAUUCCCUUCAGAACAAAUCCAGACAUUUCCCACUUGGGGCUAAAGCUUUUUGUUCAUUCGAAAAUGAACUUGCGCUAACUUGUAUCGACAGGGAAGGAGGACAUCAGCCAUCCGGUCUAACUCAGAAUUCAAGAAUUUAUUAUUUUUCCCCCCUUCCCAAACAAGUUAUCCAGAAGAGGGUUGUGAAAAUCAAUCUCUGUGCUAGCAAUUGUAGUUGAGACACGGCAUCCUAUUCAGCAGGAUGGUCUGGUGAUGGUCUUAUCUCGUCCUCCCUUCCCAAGGCAAGAGUACCAAUGCUACUUUUAAAAAGCUUUUUCCAAUUAAAAGUUCACAUAUCUGAUUUCAGUCGUGCUUUCUUUGGCUGGACUAGGCUACUGCAAAACUCUAGGGAGAAAUGGACAGCUAUUGAGAUAAGAGAGGCCCGGAGGAAUGGUAACAUUUCUCUCCCCCCCCCCCCCAAUUGUUCUCAGAAUAUAAUGUUGGCGCCCUCAAAUUACAACCAUCACAGAGCCUGGAAUUCCCAUCGUAAGUUGAGGCACCAACCCAAUUUCACAACCUUUUUUUAUUUUUACAAUGUUGGUUAAAAGAAACUCCAUGGUCAUUAAGCAAGACAAUGUAUUUCUAUGAGCAAUUUGUGGGCAGAAAAGACCAGCUUUUAGUAAAAAAAGAAAAAUAAAUGAUUUGUGUCACUGGCACAUUACAGUUGGCUGUUGGAUCACUUUUACAGUUGUAAAAGUGAUCCAAUUGCCAAGCAUCCAAAAUGAAGUGUGACUGCAGGAGGGCUAUUUAAACUUCCCAAAUCAAGUCGUCGGUACUAUUUUUUGGAUGGGGUGUGGUCGGUCGUAACUUCAUAUAGUUGCCAAGCAACUGGUCAUUAAGAAAAGACUGACUAUCUCAUCAGCAAGAUUUGUUGUAUUAAUGUUGCUGAGAAGAGAAUGGUAGUAUCGCCAUAGUUUCUGGGAGUUUGAAGUCCACACACCUUAAAAUUUUCCAAGAGUGAGAAACACUGCCACAGUGUUUGCUGGUUUAGCUAACUGCAAUGUGUCUUAACCAAGAGGAACUAUUCUACGCUUCUUCGGGGAGUUCGAUAGCAUCCCUUGGACUCUGCAAGCUGCUACAUAUUUCAUCGGCUUGCAACAGUUUUGUGCCGUUUAGUAAAAAUUGUUGGUCCGUUAACAUUGCUAUCGUUUUCAGUUCUCUUCCGCCAUGGUCUAACAUUCCCCUCCUACAGCGUCAAAAUCUACCUUCAGUUUCCAAUGUUCAUAAAAAACAGACUCGUGAGCCAUGUUUUUGAAUCAUAUUUUAUUGCUGCUUAUUAAGUUUUCCCUGUAAUGGAUUCAACCGAAUGUUUUUAUUGCAUGUUUGUUUCAUAUAUUUUUUUUGGCAUCCUCAAGAGCAUGGGAUUUAACACCUGGUCAUCCAUGCUCCCUUCUGCUUAUCCCUGUUAGUUACAAAGGUAUUGAGGGACGUACCCCUCCUGAUGUGCUUGGGUGCAGUGGUAGAACAAACACUUCGUGACGGAGGCAAAAAAAAAAAAAA